AUGGCUGCCCCCGUGGAUCUGGAGUUGAAGAAGGCCUUUACAGAGCUUCAAGCCAAAGUUAUUGACACGCAACAGAAAGUGAAGCUUGCAGACAUACAGAUUGAACAGCUAACCAGAACAAAAAAACAUGCACAUCUUACAGAUACAGAGAUCAUGACUUUGGUGGAUGAAACUAACAUGUAUGAAGGUGUAGGAAGAAUGUUUAUUCUUCAGUCAAAGGAGGUAAUUCACAACCAGCUAUUAGAAAAACAGAAAAUAGCAGAAGAAAAAAUUAAAGAACUGGAACAGAAGAAAUCAUACCUUGAACGGAGUGUGAAGGAGGCUGAGGACAACAUCCGGGAGAUGCUGAUGGCACGCAGGGCCCAGUAG